CUCGCUUCUUUUUUCUACAGCGACUUAGCGAGGACGUGCUUCCGGGUCAAAGGGUUUGCUUCCGGAGAGCGGGAAGGCUGAAACGCGGUGGUUAAGCUGGGACUGAGUUUGCAAGGUUCUCGGUGGGAGAAGGCUAUAGCCAUGGACAGGUCAGUUCUGGUGGUGACGGCCGAGCCCGGACACUUGUCCCUCCAGGGUGUUGGAGGAACGAAACAGGAGCGGCUUUGAAGAGAUGGCAUCUCCUGUGAUCCGGGAGGCAGAGGUGACUCGGACUGCACGAAAACAGAGUGCUCAAAAAAGAGUUUUAAUUCAGGCAUCCCAAGAUGAAAUUUUUGCUAAUACUACACCAAGAAACCAGGUUAUCCCCCGAACUCCCAGUUCAUUUAGACAACCUUUAGUUACUCCAACAAACCGAAGCUUACUAAGGCAGCCAGAUGUUUUCUGCAUUCUUGGAACUGGAGGGAGGUCUCCUCGGCUUACACAGUCUUCAGGGUUCUUGGGAAAUCUGUCUAUGGUAACUAAUCUGGAUGACAGUAAUUGGGCCGCUGCAUUCUCAUCACAGCGUGCAGGGCUCUUCACAAACACAGAGCCCCACAGUGUAACAGAGGAUGUAACUCUCAGUGCUGUUAUGUUACGGGAGGACGAUCCUGGAGAAGCUGCAUCCAUGAGUAUGUUUUCUGAUUUCCUGCAGUCUUUUUUGAAGCACUCUUCAACUACAGUUUUUGACCUUGUGGAAGAGUAUGAAAACAUUUGUAGUAGUCAGGUGAAUAUACUGAGUAAAAUAGUGAGCCGAGCAACACCUGGACUUCAAAAGUUUUCAAAAACAGCCAGUAUGCUCUGGCUUCUUCAACAGGAGAUGGUCACAUGGAGGCUGCUGGCUUCUUUGUAUAGAGACAGAAUACAGUCUGCAUUAGAAGAUGAAAGUAUGUUUGUAAUUACUGUUCUUAAUGCCAGUGAAAAAGCAGUUGUGGAAGCAUUAUUUCAGAGAGAUUCACUUGUCCGACAAAGUCAGCUGGUGGUAGAUUGGUUGGAGAGCAUUGCCAAAGAUGAGAUUGGAGAUUUUUCGGAUAAUAUUGAGUUUUAUGCAAAGUCAGUAUAUUGGGAAAAUACUCUGCAUACCUUGAAACAGCGGCAGCUCUCUUCUUACAUAGGAAGUGUCCGUCCUCUUGUCACUGAAUUGGACCCUGAUGCUCCCAUAAGACAGAAGAUGCCCCUUGAUGAUCUGGAUAGAGAAGAUGAAGUCAGAUUACUUAAAUAUCUUUUCACUCUGAUUCGUGCUGGAAUGACAGAAGAGGCACAACGACUCUGCAAACGCUGUGGUCAGGCAUGGAGAGCUGCAACACUUGAAGGCUGGAAGCUCUAUCAUGACCCCAAUGUUAACGGAGGAACAGAAUUAGAACAUGUUGAAGGGAAUCCAUAUAGAUGCAUUUGGAAAAUAAGUUGUUGGAGAAUGGCGGAAGAUGAGCUUUUUAAUAGAUAUGAGAGAGCAAUUUAUGCAGCUUUAAGUGGGAAUCUCAAGCAGCUGCUUCCUGUCUGUGACACCUGGGAAGACACAGUGUGGGCCUACUUUCGGGUGAUGGUGGACAGUCUGGUAGAACAGGAGAUCCGGACAUCAGUAAUAACUCUAGAUGAAACUGAAGAACUCCCUAGAGAAUAUUUGGAGGCAAAUUGGACUUUAGAAAAGGUUUUUGAAGAACUUCAAGCUACUGAUAAAAAGAGAGUUCUGGAAGAGAAUCAAGAACAUUAUCAUAUAGUUCAAAAAUUCCUUAUCCUGGGAGACAUUGAUGGUCUGAUGGAUGAAUUUAGCAAAUGGCUUUCCAAAAGCAGAAACAAUCUACCUGGACACCUCCUUCGCUUCAUGACUCACCUCAUUUUGUUUUUCCGCACUCUGGGACUACAGACCAAAGAAGAAGUUUCCAUUGAGGUUUUAAAGACAUACAUACAGCUUUUAAUAAAUGAGAAACAUACAAAUCUCAUAGCAUUUUAUACCUGUCAUUUGCCUCAAGACCUCGCUGUUGCCCAGUAUGCAUUAUUUUUGGAAGGUGUUACAGAAUUUGAACAGCGCCACCAUUGCCUGGAGCUGGCUAAAGAAGCAGAUUUGGAUAUUGCAACUAUAACAAAAACCGUAGUUGAGAAUAUUCGGAAGAAAGAUAAUGGUGAAUUCAGUCAUCAUGACCUGGCCCCAGCCCUAGAUACUGGCACUACUGAGGAGGACCGUUUAAAAAUCGAUGUAAUUGACUGGUUGGUAUUUGACCCAUCGCAGAGGGCGGAAGCACUAAAACAAGGCAAUGCCAUAAUGAGGAAAUUCUUGGCAUCAAAAAAGCACGAAGCUGCAAAAGAAGUAUUUGUGAAAAUUCCUCAGGAUUCAAUAGCAGAAAUCUAUAACCAGUGGGAGGAACAAGGAAUGGAGAGCCCACUUCCUGCUGAAGAUGAUAACGCUAUCCGAGAACACUUGUGCAUUAGAGCUUACUUGGAAGCCCAUGAAACCUUUAAUGAGUGGUUUAAGCAUAUGAAUUCAGCUCCACAAAAACCUACUUUGACACCUCAAGCAACUUUUACUGAGAAAGUGGCUCAUGAACACAAAGAAAAGAAAUAUGAAAUGGAUUAUGGUAUUUGGAAAGGGCAUUUGGAUGCCCUAACUGCUGAUGUGAAGGAGAAAAUGUACAAUGUCUUGUUGUUUGUUGAUGGAGGGUGGAUGGUGGAUGUUAGAGAGAAACAAAAUAUGUGCAAUGAAGUUGUCCUCCCUGUGCACCUCUCCCCUCAUCCUGAUGCUUCUUCCCAGCAGGAAUCACUGCUGGUGGAUGCUGAGGAAGACCAUGAAAGAACAUAUCAAAUGGUUUUACUGAGAAAGCUUUGUCUGCCAAUGUUGUGUUUUCUGCUUCACACCAUAUUGCAUAGUACCGGUCAGUAUCAGGAAUGCCUGCAGUUAGCGGAUAUGGUAUCCUCUGAGCGCCACAAGCUGUAUCUGGUGUUUUCUAAGGAAGAACUAAGGAAAUUGCUACAGAAGUUAAGAGAAUCCUCUCUAAUGCUCCUAGACCAGGGACUUGAUCCAUUAGGAUAUGAAAUUCAGUCAUAAUUCGUCUGCUGUUUGUAAUCUCAAUAAUUUCCAUGAUAAAUGGAAGUUUUUCUGUAAAAUAUAUAUAUUUGUAAUUACUGGGUUUUUUCUUUUGCCUUAUGGGGAAAAUGUUUAUGAAAUUUAGGCAUUUAAUUUUGUACUUUUAAGAAUAUUAUGGUGACACUUUGAAAAUUUAAGGUAUUAUAUAAUUCCCUGUGUUUAUUAAUAAAACUAUAUAAAAACUAAAA